CAACCAUGCUGCAGAGCCGUCUUGUUUCCGUCUCACGCUACAUGUCCAAAGCGGCGAUCUUCAUUAGUCAUGGACAUCAGUGUAUAGAUACACUGUACAUCUGUCAUGACACAAUAUGUCAUAUAUUCUGUGCUCGCAAUUACCUUGUGUUUGCCUUCAACUGGAACCACAACACUAUCAGCUCAAGCAAACCGGAUGUCCACGCCAAUAAGUACCGGAAGUAGUUGCACUGACACAGCUGGGGCGAACUGCGCAGAAGAUGGACAUCUUAUGCCAUAUGUGGUUAAAAUUGCCAUUAUCUCCGCCUCAAUAGUCGGGGUUAUCCUUCUCCUCAGCCUCGUUGUGUGUGUCUGGCACUUCGUACGGAAGCGGAGGUCUGAGAAAGUCAUUGACGUCGAGGCAUCAGCGGAUUUCUGCCAAUCCGAAGACCCUCGAAUACAUCUUCGUCGACUCGAAAGAGACGAAGCAUCACGGGCGAUCAGAGAUGCUGCCAGUGUGUUCAGCUGGGGUUCUGAUUUCCAGGACGAAGAGAGCCGAAGGAACUACGAGAAUCACGAAUUGAUUGGGGGCAUGCCAAACCGGAACCGGAAGUCACGUGGUCAGAUUUACGCUAACACCCUCGUCAUUGGUAGCGACAGAACUCAGGAAUCGUCAGCGUUUACCAAUGUAAACUAUGAGGAAAUGACUAUGUGAGGCAAGGCAAAUGCGGACAGCAACAAUGUAACCUAAUGUUAGCAUGAUAUGUUGAAUAACUAGCCAAAUAUGUCACUAUAGACACUCAACCGUCUCCUGACAGACUGUAUAAUACAUUAUAUUCUACUUUACAGUUAUGUACAUAUUAUUAGUUCGUAUGUCUUUUACAUUAAUAUUUUCGAUUGUACAAUUGCAGGUAAACUAUUUUCUACAUUGUAUUUUCUUUGGACAGGCUUGGUCAUAUUGAAAUAAAGUAUAUUCAUUGUA